AUGGCUCCUUCUUUCAACAACGAAACCAAAGCAAGCGAGCUGGUGCCCGUCUAUGCUCCCCACAUCGCCGGCAAGACGAUACUCAUCACGGGAGUCUCCCCAGGCAGCAUCGGCGACAGCUUCGUCCAGCAAGUCGCCGUAGCCAAACCAGCCACGUUCAUCCUAGCCGGCCGCUCACCCUCCAAGUUCCAACCCCUCGUCGACGAGUUCGCAGCCGCACACCCCGAAAUCAACGUCAAGCCUUUAGCUUUAGACCUCACCUCCUUCGCCAACGUCCGCAAGGCAGCAGAGACGGUAAACUCAUGGCCAGACGUCCCCCACAUCGAUCUCCUCGUCAACAAUGCAGGUAUCAUGGCCUCAGCAUACAGCCUCACAGAAGACGGCUUCGAAAGCCAGUUCCAGACAAACCACCUAGGCCACUUCCUCUUCACAAACCUCAUCAUGCCCAAGAUCCUCGCCUCCCCCUCCUCCCCACGCGUCGUCAACGUCAGCAGCAACGCCCACAGACUCGGCCACGUCCGCUGGACAGACUACAAAUUCAACGAGGGAAAGCACUACGACAAGUGGAUGGCCUACGGGCAGUCCAAGACGGCCAACAGCCUCUUCUCCAUCGCCCUUGCUGAGAGGCUGGGCGGCCCGUCGAGGGGUUUGACGGCGUUUAGUCUCUGCCCGGGGUAUGUCCCCACGAACCUUGCCGCACACGAGGCGCAUGAUUUCCCCGGGUUCUUGGAGGCCCUGCGCAAGGCUGAUGUGGUGGUGGGAAGCAAGUAUAUGUGGGGGAUGGGGGAUAUCCAGCCUAAAGACCUGGAUCAGGGCGCCGCAACGCACGUGUUUGCGGCGUUUGAUCCGGAGCUGAAGGAGAAGAAUGGGGAGUUUCUUACUAAUUGUCGUGUUGCUGAUCCUUGGAAGGAGGAGGUGUACCCGUGGGCUAGGAGUAAGGUUGACGCGGAGAUGUUGUGGGCUCUCAGCGAGAAGCUUGUUGGACAGGAUUUUAAAUACUAA